UCUCCAGCGUCAUAAGUCUGCGACGGCCCGCCAUGUUUCUGGUGGGUUGGUGAUCUGCUGUUUGUACGUCACUGGCCGGAAGGGUGUCGUGGAGCCUGUACAGAUCUCUGCACGGGCGGGACUGCGUUUCACCUGCUAAGACACCGGACAGGAAGCACAGUGAGGAUGAAGAUCCAGUUCCUUCUGCUAUGGUCUUUCCUGGGGAUUAGCCUGGCAGUACCAAUAGACAGGGCCCCUCCGCAGAAAGAAACGGAGCCUCCAGCAGAACCUGCGGAUACUGGCCUGUACUAUGAUCGUUACCUGCGAGAGGUUAUUAACGUGCUGGAAACGGACAACCAUUUUCGUGAGAAGCUUCAGGCCGCCAAUGCAGAAGACAUCAAGAGUGGUAAGCUCAGUAAGGAACUUGAUUUUGUGAGCCACCAUGUCAGGACCAAGUUGGAUGAGCUGAAGAGGCAGGAGGUUUCCAGGCUGCGGAUGUUGAUCAAGGCAAAGAUGGACGCAACCAUGGAGGAAAAUAUACAGAUUGACCACCUUGCUUUGCUGAAACAGUUUGAGCAUUUGGACCCUCAGAACCAGCAUACAUUUGAGGCCCGGGAUUUGGAACUGCUCAUUCAGUCUGCCACCAAGGAUCUGGAGAAUUACGAUGCCGCUCGGCAUGAAGAAUUUAAACGUUACGAGAUGUUGAAAGAACACGAGAGACGCGAAUAUCUUAAGUCUCUGGAUGAGGAUAAACGGAGCAUAGAGGAAGCACACUAUGAAGAGAUGAAGAAAAAACACAAGGAACACCCUAAAGUUAACGUACCAGGAAGUAAAGAUCAACUCAAAGAAGUCUGGGAGGAGACUGAUGGCCUGGAUCCAAAUGACUUUAACCCAAAAACGUUCUUCAAAUUACAUGAUACCAAUAGCGAUGGAGUUCUGGACGAGCAGGAGCUGGAAGCACUCUUUACAAAGGAGCUGGAGAAAGUCUAUGACCCGAAGAAUGAAGAAGAUGACAUGAUGGAGAUGGAGGAAGAGAGACUGCGUAUGAGAGAGCAUGUCAUGAAUAACGUGGACUCAAAUCAUGAUCGCUUGGUGACGCUGGAAGAGUUCUUGAAAUCUACAGAUAGGAAGGAGUAUAAUGAGGCUGGUGGAUGGGAGACUGUGGAUGAAACCCAGAUUUACACAGAAGAGGAAUUGCGCAGAUUUGAGCAGGAACUUACUGCCCAGGAAGCUGCCUUAAAUCAGCGCGCAGAGGAGCUACGUAAAGAGCAUGAAGUCCUCCAGCAGAGGCAGAUAGAGUUGGAUGCUCAGAAGAAGGAAUAUCAGCAGGCUGUAGUUCAGAUGGAGCAGAAGAAAUCCCAGCAGCUUGAUGUUCCUGCUGCUGGUCCUGGUGGGGAGCUGAAGUUCCAGGCACAAGAAUCGGAUGGAGCGCAUGAACUAGAGAAACAAGCGGAAUCCCACCAGGGAUCAGAUGUCCACCCAGGACCACCAGGAGAAGCUCACCCAGCACCUCCAGGAGAAGCGGCCCAUGAAGAAAAGAAAGAUUCAGCACCUUCCCAGGAACACCAGGUUCAUCAAGUCUAACAGUAGAAAGUUGGAGAACCAAUGGAGGAGAACGCGGCAGGGAAACAAGGAUCUGUCACCUCCAUCUUGGCGUCUCUAGUCUGUAUCCCUCUGUUCUCCUGAAUUUCAAAGUUAAGGGAUGUGCAAUCGAGCGCUGGGUAAAUCUCUCACAUUGGGAAUCGGGCUUCUUGUUUUCAAAAAACAAACUUACAAAGAAACAACAACAAAAAUGAUAAAGUAAAAGACUGUGGGAAGUUUAGUAGGUCUUGCCCUAUAGAAGCACCUUUCUGUGUCCAUCACGGUAGAAAUUGGCAUCUAUAUAUAUAUUGGUAUGGUGUUGACACAUUGUGUCUCUGCAUAGCAGGAGUAUAUAACGUAUACAGCAUCUCCUCUAGUGGAAAUGUAGUAACCCGCCGUAUCGAGAUAUGUCAUUGUGCUACUUUCUUUAACCUGUGUCUUAGGGUUGGACCACCUCAGUGUACUCCAUGGAGCACCAGGACCCAUUAAGAACGAGUUAGAUCUUGGGGUAUGUUCACACAGUGGAUUUUGAAAUUGGAAAAAAAAAACUGUGCGUAAUUGGCAGAAAUUUGAGGCUGACCCUCGGAUUUCUUCCACAUAUUUGGAUUUGUUCUUGUCAACAAUUCGUCCUCAAAAAAAUGUCCGUCAGUUAUUAAGUCAAUGGGACGCUUACGUUAAGUAUUGUUUUUAAAGUGAACUUUUGAGUGGAAAAUGCAUCCAAAUCCUUGUCAGAGAUCCCCUGUGUGAACAUGUGGCACCAAUUACAGAUGUCCGUGCCUGCACCUGGGCUAGUUCCACAUAGUACGGUCAGUAAAGGGUCCGGGAGCAGUCAGCUUACAAAUGUCUACUAUGAGGCAGAGUGUUGUUGUUGUUUUUUUUUUCUCUAAUUUCUAAAAUCCACUCUGUCCCUUGGUUACAACUAUAGGCGCUGCUUUAUGAAGUGUUAUCGUCUGACCUGCUUCCUCCACAUUGAUAAAUCGGCCCAAUAGAACGUCAUAAAGAUAAUUUAAUUGAGAUGAUCACCUCCAGGUACGGUGCCAGCAGUAACUCUUCAGGCACUGGGUCAUAGCAGCCGAGAGAUGUGCAGAGUACGUCAUUAAGCUUUAAUUUUAACCCCUUAGUGACCACGCGCAUUUUAAAAAAAAAUUGCAUUCCGAGAGCUAGAACUUUUGUUUUAGUUUCAUCAGUGUACUUGUAUGAGGUCUUAUUUUUUGCAGGGCAAGUUAUAGUUUUUAAUGCACAAUUUUAUGUACAUGUAAUGAUUGAUUAAAGCCAGCUGUUUAGCUAAAACCCCCUUUGUGUAUGUCAGGCGUAUUAGUCGUCACUAAGGGGUUAAAAAAAAAUUUGUUUUUUUUAAUUUUUCCUCCAGGCAAUAAAAUAUAAAUAAUGCUUGAAGCGUCUUUGCUGUUUAUCCUAUGUAAAUGACUUGCAUCUCAUUACACAGCAGGGGUUUUAUGCAGGUACACGUGUUUGGAUAUGUUUUUUUUCUGUAUUAUACAAAACUGUAAAACAUAAAUCUGUAUAGACAUGGUUUCCUUGUCGUCGUCAAAGGAAGUGAUAAUACUUUAGAAUACAAUACUAUCAGCCAGAGCCCCUUCCCAUUGGUUGUAUUGCCAGGAGGGCUUCUUUUAGUAAGGUUGUCCUGGCUGCACCCCCCCUUCUUUGAGUACAUUAACAUGGAUGUGAUAUGGGCCUUGACCUAAAAAGCAGCAAGGGUUAUUACUAAGAUAUUACAGGGUUAUCCAGCACCAGUGGCCUUUCAAUAUACACAGGUCUAGUUUUCCGAAUAGCUGACUCUCAUCCGAUGUUUGUUAUACCGCCUUUGUUUCGGUUUGUGAUGGUGCUGCCAUGUACCCAGCUGUAACGAAAUAAAAAAAAAAUCUGAUGCAGA